GCACGUGAAUGGGCGCGACACAAGAGGCCAUUCGGGUGUUUUAGUCCCAAAUGACAAUCGAACAGCAUCUCACUAUAGCGAGCCCGAUGACAGCUUGACGUGUUCAUACUGAGACGCUGCCUUUGGCUGCCUCCCCCGUACUGAGCGAGCAUUGUCUUUCUCAUCGCCAUGGUGAGCUGCAGAGGUUUGUAUGGUGAGCAUUCUGGCUAGCGCCAAAUUUUCUCAUGAGACGAUCUGGCGCGCUUCAUCGAUCGGAUGAGAUGCCUUACCACAUGAUAGUGAGGUCGGAUUUUGGAUCGGCUGCCGAUCUUGCUCAUGUGAGUAGAACUGCGUGCUGCAUGGUGAGGUGUGGGGUUGUGUGGUGUGGUGUAUGUGGAUACCCGAGGGAGGUGAGACAUUCAGCCGCGGUAUUUUAAAGCGCCAAAACACUUGUUGUUCACGAACUGCAUGUGUCGCUCUGCGAAUCAAUUUACGUUUAUCUCGAAAUUUUCUCUAACGUUUUACAGUUUUAGGAGUGAUAAAGUUAUAAAAAAUUGCUGAACGAAUUUACGUUGCGCCAAAGCAAAACAAAAUUGAUUUUGCUCAUCGAAAAUUCGUUCAACAAAGCCAAACUGUUUUGAACAUUAAAAGAUCCGUAGAAGUGUUGUUUUUUUUUUAUUUGCCAUUUCAGACGGAAGAUUUAGUCGUCGAAAAUGUUCCCGAAAAAGUUAAAGCGAAGUGGAGAGCUUUAUAAAAAAGCCGCGAAACUGGAAGAGCAGUUUGAAAAGGAGUGGGCAUUGCAAAAUGAUCCUGCCGGACCCAGCAGCCAGCCAGCAGCUCAGCAAUCUGCCGAGGAUGUUGCUAUGAAUGAACCCUGUGAAGGUCCUGUGGCAUCAAUGGAAGAGGAGUAUUUGGACGAAAACAAUACAGAUGACGAACGUGCUAGCGAUGAAGGAUCCAUCCACAACGAAGAUACUGAUGGCGAAGAGUAUUUAGAGGAAGAGUAUUUGGAGGGAGAGUUUUUGGAGGCAGAGUUUUUGGAGGAGGCGAGCCUGGAAACUGAUCCAGAAAGCGCGAAGCUACGAGACUCUUUGCGAACAUGGUUUAUUCGCAAUAAAGUUGCUCGUAGCGGGAGUAAUAAUUUACUAGGAAUACUGCGAAAAGCGUCUUCUCUUUCUGCUUUUUCAUCUCUUCCACAGGAUGUUAGGACAUUGCUGAAAGCUCCGGUUAACGUCAGCGAGCAGAUUACUAAGGUUCCAGGUGGAGGUGAAAUGUGGUACCAAGGCGUUGAAUGUUGUUUUCAACAUUAUUUUCGCGAUGUGGACGUACUAGAGGAUGUGUUUGAGCUGAAUCUUUCAGUGGACGGAAUACCAAUAAAAAAAAUGUAAAUGCUGUGGUACUUCCCUAAAAACACCAAAAAAAGUUAUUUUCGAGGAUACAACAGCUCCACCAAGAACAGAUAAGGAAUUUAGAGAAGAAAAACCCAGUUCUACAGGCCAUCGAAGAGGGAAAACCCCUCUUACAGAUCUAAAAAAGUUCGACAUGAUAAAAGGUAUAGCUACUAGCGAUUUAUUACAUUUAAUACAAUUGGGUAUUGUUUUCAAGCUUCUGCUAGGCUGGGUCGAAGGAGCUCUUGCCCCCUUUAAAAAAUGGUGCAAGGAAGACAUAGAUGAAAUAUCAGAAGAGCUUAUAAGUAUACUGCUGCCCACAGAAAUUCAUAGGAAGUUUAGGUCUCUUAAUUAUCUUCACUUUUGGAAAGGUACUGAAUUCGGUAGUUUUUUACAUUACGCAGGUAUAGUUGUUUUGCAAGAUAGAAUAGGUAGACUAGCAUACGAACAUUUUAAAUUAUUAUAUUGCGCUAUAACUAUAUUAUCAUCAUGGGCAUUUAAGGACCAGUGGGAGUAUGCCGGUACAUUGUUGAGGAAAUUUGUUGAGGAUUAUAGUGUUGUGUACGAUCGCAUACAUCUAGUGAGUAAUGUUCAUCUCUUGCUUCAUGUAUACGAAGAGGUUAACAAUUUAGGCCCUCUGAUUACUUUGUCAACACAUUCCUGUGAAAAUAUGUUACAAAUAAUCAAACAUAGUUACGUAAAAUCUGGCUACCGAAGUUUGCAUCAAGCGAUAGGAAAAAUUAUAUUGUUGCGAGACAUAGACACUGCAGCACAAAGAAACCAGGAAAGUAUGACGUAUCCUACACUUAAAUUAAAAAAGGAUGAGACAAUUUUGCAAGUUAGGCAAGGAUUUUUGUUAAGGAAAAUUUUUAAGGAUUCUUGGUUUUUAACAAAAAGAAAUAUCAUAGUUAAGUACGAAAAAGCCAUCGAGGAAUCAGGAUCAGUCGUUGUACAUGGGUAUCCUUUGGUAAGACGUUUUCAAGCCUUUACUACUCCUAUUGCCUCCGAUAAAAUCUAUAACUAUAUUGGAUACGAAAACGACAUUUCAACAACGCUUCGAUCUAUUCCAAUAACUGAUAUUAAAUGUAAAAUGGUAGCAAUUAAGACAAUACGAACUGGGGCUAAAGUACAUUUUACGCCAUUAAUACAUACCUUAACAUAAAAAGCCUUGGUUAGGUUAAUACGGUUGAGUAGGUUAAAUAGGUUAGGUAGGUUAGGUAGGUUAGGUAGGUUAAGUAGGUUAAGUAGGUUAAGAAGGUUAAGUAGAUUAAGCUAUAGAUCAUAAGCAACCGAGUAGACCCGGUAUAAGGUCGGACUUAAUCCAGAGGCAGAAUUAAAUUCUCUGUCUCAAAUUUGUCGUAAGAUUAGUUUAAUGAUAGUAGAAUAUAAGGUGUAUAUUUAAAAAUAUAAUAUAAGUACAUGUAAGCUUAUGUGUUGAAAUCAAUUUUCUUUGCCAGAGUUCUCCUUUAUAUUCAAUGUUUUUUUAAUGAUAUGGUAACAAAAUAUCUUAGUACAAAGAUCAACAAAUUUAAAUAAUUCCAUUGUAAUGCCUAUAUCUGCUAACAUUAUUCGCAACUUAUUCAAUAAACAUAAAUUCACACAUAUGUUCUGGCUCAAUACAGCUCUAACGUUAAACGUUAUAUUUUUGUGAAUGUGAAGGAUGGAUGAAAUAAUGAAUAAGGUGAUGAAUAAACAAAAACACGAGGAAUUAACCACGUUAAUUCAUUAAUUGCGACAAAAUUAUUUGCAGAUUGCAGCAAAAAAAGCGGUCCUACCCAUAAAUCUUUUAGAUUCAUAUUUAAUACCUUUUCUACGUAGCUUUUGGGUUUUUUAAAUUUAAACGAUCUUUUCCGUAUCGCAAUUUCAAUUUGAAGAAAUC